AUGUCUGCCCCCCCGGCCUAUCGUUUGCUGGCAAUCCAAAGCCAUGUCGUGACGGGCUAUGUCGGCAAUCGAUCUGCUACCUUUCCUGCUCAGCUGCUAGGCUGGGAUGUUGACGCUCUGAAUACCGUGCAGUUUUCCAAUCACACUGGCUAUGGCCGAUGGGGUGGCCAUCGUUUUGAUGCACAGCAGCUGAAUGACAUUCUUACAGGGAUGGAUCAGAACGGCCUUGUGCGUCACGAUCGCCUCCUCACGGGGUAUACGCCAUCUCCCGAAGCGUUGGCUGUCGUCGAAGCGUUCAUUAUUUCGUUGCGGAAGCAGAACCCUGACGUGAUUUACCUCUUGGAUCCCGUCAUGGGUGACAUGGACCGCGGCAUGUAUGUCAACCCUGAUGUGCUCCCGAUCUACCGCCGCAUGCUGUCGCUCUCUACUAUCAUCUGCCCCAACCAAUUUGAGGCACAGGUCUUGGUCGGCCACGAGAUUACGACGCUUUCGUCCUUGCAGCAUGCGCUGCAUGUACUGCAUUACAAAUACAAGGUGCCCAAUGUGGUUAUUACCUCUCUGGAGCUUCCAGAAUCCGAGAUGAAGAAAAUCGGCGCUACGCCGACCAUGGCGGAUGGCCAGCCGGCCAUGCUGCUGGUUGGUUCCAGUGUUCAGGAAGAUGGAAGCGACGCAUCAUGGCUACUUCAAUUCCCGACACUGGGCGAGUACUUCUCGGGUGUAGGUGACUUGUUUGCCUCGCUGGUCCUCUCGCGUUUCUCGUGCCGUGGCACCGAUGUGCCUGGACCGGCCCGUACUUCGGACGAAGUAGCUGCCGCACCUCGUGAGCCUGCCGCAGGGGACGAGUGUACGUUGCCAGUGGCCCGAGCUGUGAUGUACGCGGUCGCUUCGCUCCAGCAUGUGCUUCAACGUACACGAGAAACGAUGAUUGCCGAGGGCCAGCGGCAAGGCAUCGACCCGUUUCAGCCAGCGCACCUGGCCGAAGUGGAUGAGCGUGUGAAAAUCAUGCGGCUUCGUGAGUUGCGCAUCGUUCAAAGUGCGCAGGAGAUUCUCGCGCCGAGUAUUUUGCACCGCCCUCGCUGGACAGGGCCUUUGUAG